AUGCCCUUUACUUCCAUCACAAUCAUCGUCGCCCCCUACCACGUCGGCCUCUACGACCACCGCGUCGGCGGCGGUCCCCUGCGCAUCCUAUCCCACGGCCUAGCCGACAAACUCGAGCCCCUGACCCCCCUCACCUUCGUCAACAUCGGCCCCGUCGACGACUUCGAGGGCGAAAUCGGACGCACUUUCGAGGUAAUGCGCCGCAUCUCCGCCGCCGUCUCCCACGCCACCUCGCGCUCCUCCUUCCCCCUGAUCCUCUCGGGAAACUGCAACGCCAGCGCCGCCGCGGCCGCCGGCCUCAGCUCCGCGGUCCCGGACCUCAACGUCCUCUGGAUCGACGCCCACGACGACCUCGACACCCCCUCGACCAACGAGAACGGGUACCUCGACGCCAUGGCGCUCUCGAUGAUGGGCGGGCUGAGCUGGCACGGGCUCAUGCGUUCCGUGCCGGGGCAUGUGCCCGUCCCGCUGGACCGGGUGGCGUACUGCGGGCUGCGGGACGUGUCGGAGGGUCAGAGGAGGACUGUCGUGGACGCCGGGGUGGAUGUGAUCUGGGGCGAUGCCGCGGAGAAGGUCGAUUUUGGGAGGGAGCUGGGGGCGUUGUUGGAGCGUAGGCGGUUUGGGAGGACGCAUGUUCAUCUGGACUUGGAUGUUUUGGACGAGUCGCUGGGCCGCGCGAAUGAUUGGCCUUCGCCUGGUGGGUUGGACAGCGAGGAUCUGCUUAAUUGUUUGGAUGUUAUUCCAUCAAAGACAGAGCCGACGUCGCUUGUGGUGUGCUCUUUCAACCCGCGGUUGGAGGGAGGGGACACAAUAGCCAGGCUUGCUGUCGAGGGGAUUGUUCACUUUGUGCAGAGACUAAAGGACGAGAACAUCUUAAGAACAUCACCUUGA